AUGUUCUUCCCCUUGUUCCUUUAUACCGAAACAAGGAAACCAAUCAGCCAGAGAAUAGACGCGACCGUUUUCUCUGGCUCUCCCAGCUCUGGUCGUACCUAUUAUGUCUGCGACAAUGUGACUCGCAGGCGCUUCCUGGUGGACACCGGAGCCCAGAUCAGCGUGGUUCCCCCCACUCCAGUUGACCGCCGCUGUCCCAGCCCUGGUCUACAUCUCCAAGCUGCAAACUGUUCCCCAAUUUCCACUUUUGGUAGUCGUUCUCUAACGCUGAACAUUGGUUUACGUCGAUCAUUCUCCUGGGUAUUUGUGAUUGCCGAUGUGCCUCAUGCGAUCCUUGGUUCCAACUUCCUAGCCGAGUUUGAUCUCCUUGUUGACUGUCGGCGUUCCUGUCUCCUCGACCGCACAACUGGUCUUUAUGUCCGCGGUCUUACACCCUUUAAUGACUCCUGCAAUUUAUCUGUUCUGGAUACAGGUAUUGCUUGCCCAUACCGAGACCUGCUCCUCCAACACUCCAACAUAGUCAAACCCCAGUUUCGCAGUGGUGAGAUCCAGCACGACGUUGUCCACCACAUUCGCACCUCUGGCCCCCCAGCAUUCGCACGGCCUAGACGACUGGCUCCGUCCCGUCUGCAAGCGGCGAAGGCCGAAUUUGAGCACAUGCUGCAACUGGGCAUAAUUCGCCCGUCCGAGAGUCCAUGUGCGUCCCCUCUGCAUAUGGUGCCUAAGGCAACAUCAGACGACUGGCGGCCCUGUGGUGACUAUCGCGCCCUCAACAAUGCGACCAUCCCGGAUCGUUAUCCCGUCCCUCAUCUUCAAGAUUUUGCUGGAGCUCUUUUCGGCAAAUCGGUUUUCUCGAAGAUUGACCUUGUUCGAGCCUUCCAUCAGAUUCCUGUCGCUCCUGAGGAUGUUCCCAAAACUGCCGUUACCACACCAUUCGGCCUGUUCGAAUUUAUUCGCAUGCCAUUUGGUCUUCGCAAUGCUGCCCAAGCAUUUCAGAGGUUCAUUGACCGAGGCCUACGUGGUCUCCCGUUUGUGUACGCCUACAUCGAUGACCUCUUGGUGGCCAGUCGAAAUGCCGAGGAACACAAAGAGCAUCUUGCUUUAGUGCUUGACCCCCUCGAUCAGUUUGGCGUGGUCAUUAACCCUUCGAAGUGUGUUCUGGGUGUGCCGUCCCUUGAUUUUCUUGGUCACCAUGUCGAUGCACAAGGUUUGCGUCCCCUCUCUUCCAAGGUUGAGGCCAUUCGUGACUUUCCUCCACCAACCUCCAAGCGUCAGCUGCAACGUUUCCUUGGCGUGGUAAACUUUUACCGCCGAUUCCUACCGAACUGUGCCGACCUUAUGCUGCCGCUCACCAACUUGCUCUCUGGUCCCAAGGGUCCCCUUGAGUUACGUGGCCGCGCGCUGACUGCAUUUGAGAGAAUAAAGACCUCCCUUGCUGAUGCUACCUUGCUCACUCAUCCUGCUCCAGACGCCCCAUUGUCCCUGAUGGUUGAUGCUUCGACCGUUAUCGUAGGAGCAGUCCUCCAACAGCAUAUCAACAACUCGACACGACCGUUGGCAUUCUUUUCCAAGAAGCUUUCACCUGCCGAGACGAGAUAUAGCACGUUUGACCGUGAACUUCUUGCCAUUUACCUAGCCGUAAAACAUUUCCGACACUUCCUUGAGGGUCGUGACUUCACCAUUUUCACAGACCACAAACCACUUACAUUUGCCAUCCGAUCCCAUUCUGACGAAUAUAACCCGAGAGAGAUUUCUCAUUUGGAUUACAUCUCGCAAUUCACCACCGACAUCCGCCACAUUGAUGGCCCGAAGAAUGAGGUGGCUGAUAUGCUGUCCAGACCCUCACUGUCUUCCCUCCAAUUCACACACGGGAUCGAUCUUUGUGCCAUGGCGGCUGAGCAGCAGCGAGUCGGUUGUCCUGGCGACGAGUCUGUUAGUGGUCUCCAACUGAAAGACGUUCCUCUGACCACCGGCUCUGGUACCAUACUUUGUGACGUCUCAACUCCCUUUCAUUGGCCAUUUGUGCCCGCCUCGAUGCGUCGAGCUGUAUUUCAAACUCUGCAUGGACUAUCCCACCCUGGGAUCCGAGCCGCUCAAAAGCUCCUCGCGGAAAGGUUUGUCUGGCCUGGCAUGAACAAGGACGUCAAAGCUUGGGCCCGGUCGUGUCUGAGCUGCCAGCGCAACAAGGUGCAGCGUCACAACAAGUCCCCACCAGGCAUUUUCCCCAGUCCCGACGCACGGUUCAGCCAUGUGCACCUGGAUGUCGUAGGCCCUUAGCCUCCAUCCAAUGGUUUCACCUACCUCCUUACCUGUGUCGAUCGAUAUACUCGCUGGGCUGAAGCUAUUCCUUUGCCGAAUGUUCAGGCUGAAACCAUCGUGAAGGCCUUCGUCAGUCGUUGGGUAGCCAUGUUCGGUGCCCCAUCCACGGUUACGACUGAUCGUGGUGCCCAGUUUGAGUCGGCACUCUUCCAAACGCUACUCAAUUUUCUUGGCUGCACAUGCAUUCGGACGACAGCCUACCACCCAGCUGCCAACGGUAUGGUUGAACGUUUCCAUCGCCAGCUAAAGACCGCCCUUCGUGCCGUCGAAGACCCAGGAAACUGGUCGGACAACCUUCCUCUUGCACUCCUCGGCAUCCGCGCAGCUCUGAAGUCGGAUCUGGGCUGUAGCGCAGCUGAAUUGGUUUUCGGCACUACCCUCCGACUGCCAGGCGAGAUGAUCACCCCAACCUCUCGUGGAGCCGACGAGACUCCUGACAAUCUUGUGCACCGCUUGCGGCAAUUCAUGCGCUCGCUUUCCCCGGUUCCACCUCGAACUCCUACGACUGAGUCUUAUGUUGAAUAA